AUGUCUGCUUCAAUUGAUAUUCGUCUUAAUCGACAAACAAAAACAUAUAAUGAGAAUGAUAUUAUUCAAGGUACAGUUAUUAUUUCAACACCAACGUCAUUCAAACAUAAUGGUAUUAUCAUAACAGUUGAUGGGUCUGUUCAAUUACAUUUAAGUGGUAAAAGUGUUGGUGUUUUUGAAGCAUUUUAUAAUUCAACAAAACCUGUUACAUUAAUUAAUCAAACAAUUGAAUUAGCUAAACCAGGUCAAAUGCCAAGUUUAAAAACGGAAAUUCCUUUUCAAGUGCAAUUAAAAGGUCGACCAAAUAAACCAUUAUAUGAAACAUAUCAUGGAGUUUUUGUUAAUAUUCAAUAUUUUCUUCGUGUUGAUGUUAAACGAACAUUUCUUUCAAAAGAUAUGAGUAAACAGAUUGAAUUCAAUAUUGAAUAUGGUCCUGAACAUGAUUUAGCUGCUGAGAAAGCUAUAACAAAACCAGCUGCUUUUGAAGUUACAUCAGAAUCAAUAAAAACUAUUCAAAAUAAAAUUGAUGUACCAAAAUUUAAAAUAACUGGUAAUCUUGAUAGUCUUUGUUGUGUUAUAACUAAACCAUUUUCUGGCGAGUUAGUUGUAGAAGAAAGCGAAUUACCAAUAAAAUCAAUUGAAGUACAACUUUUACGUGUGGAAACCUGUGGUUGUGCAGAAGGAUUUUCACGAGAUUCAACAGAAAUUCAAAAUAUUCAAAUAGGUGAUGGUAAUGUUGCUCGUAAAAUACCUGUUCCAAUUUGGAUGCUUUUUCCAAGAACAUUUACAUGUCCGACUUUAUUAACGGUUAAUUUUAAAAUUGAAUUUGAAAUUAGUAUUGUUCUUGUCUUUGAAGAUGAUCGUAUGAUAUCUGAGAAUUUUCCACUUCGAUUAUCACGUUAUUAA